AGCAAAGCCUUAACGGAAGCCAAGCACACUCACUCACGUCGCUCAGUGCGUCUAGGUCUGGGAAGACAACACCCCCCAACCCUUCCUCUCUCUGCACAAAGUGAGACAACUAGCACAGAGAAACUUAGAGAAGACCAGAUCUCAGCUGAAAAAUAUUCCAGCAGAUCCAUGGCCUGGGUCAGCAAUAUCUCUUGGUUUAAUCACCUUGCUCUACAUGAAGAACGUUUCUGGAGGUACUUAAACAGCACUGAGGAUUACUUAGCCUUCCUCUGUGGGCCCAGACGGAGCCAUCUGUUCUUGCCCAUGGCUUUGGUGUACACCCUGAUCUUCAUUGUUGGGGUAAUAGGUAACUUCUUAGUUUGCCUGGUAAUCCUCAAGCACCGGAACAUGAAGACCCCGACUAAUUACUAUCUAUUCAGUCUCGCCGUCUCAGACUUGCUCGUGCUGCUUUUUGGGAUGCCACUGGAACUCUACGAGAUGUGGAGCAACUACCCCUUCUUGUUCGGACCCGUCGGCUGCUAUUUCAAGACGGCGCUUUUCGAGACGGUGUGUUUCGCCUCCAUCCUCAGCGUGACCACGGUCAGCGUGGAGAGAUACGUCGCCAUCCUCCAUCCUUUCCGCGCCAAGCUGGAGAGCACUCGCAAGCGUGCCCUGAGGACCAUCGUGGUGCUCUGGGUCCUCUCCGUUCUCUUUGCCCUCCCCAACACAGGCACCCACGGCAUCAUGCUGCAGUAUUUCCCCAACGGCACCCUGGUCCCCGGCUCUGCUACCUGCACUGUAGUCAUGCCCAUGUGGAUCUACAACUGUAUUGUCCAGAUCACCUCCUUCCUCUUCUACGUGCUGCCUAUGGGGGUGAUCAGUGUGCUCUACUACCUGAUGGGGCUGAGAUUGAAAGGAGACAAAUCUUUGGAAGUGGAGGAAAUGGCUGUGAAUGUUCAGAGACCAUCCAGGAAAUCAGUCACCAAGAUGUUGUUUGUCCUUGUGAUGGUUUUUGCUAUCUGCUGGGCUCCAUUCCAUAUAGAUCGACUCUUCUUCAGCUUCGUUGUGGAAUGGACUGAGCCUCUGGCUAACAUAUUCAACUUAAUUCAUGUGGUGUCAGGUGUUUUCUUCUAUCUGAGCUCUGCCAUGAACCCCAUCAUUUACAAUCUGCUGUCCCAGCGCUUCAGGAUGGCUUUCCUCAGUGUCCUUUCUCCUUGCUGCAAGCACUGGGCCCCUAAACAUCCCACUAGCAAGAUUCCUGCCCAGCAGAGCAUCUUCAUGGUUGAGGACCACAAUUUUAUGGACUCUGCGGAGGACACAAGUCUCCCUGGCACACAGAGGACAUCUGUCAGCAGUUCUCAGCUCUCCACUGGUCUGUGA